GUCAUACCCAAACCCACGCAACCUGCGGCCGAACUCUGGAAGAGGCCAAGAUUUUCAGCUUUAGAGGUCGUUAUGAAUGACGUCGACAAAGACAGGUCCAAGAGGAAAACAGCGCAGCAAGACAAACAGAAGUACGCUUCCGCUGCCAGCAUGAGUGGGGUUUUGGCUUCCCCACUCUUCCACUUCUCUUCUCUUCAAUCCAAGAACCACAGUCCUACUUUUAGCUAUGGACUUUAUCCGCUUGAUCCCAAUACCUCGUCUUUACCGGACACAAAGCUCAAGAAACAAUUGGGUUUUCCCUCUGGAACUCCAACGAGACAGCCCCAUGGAAUCAGCGUCCGAUGUAAUAGCAGCACCAGACCCGGCAGUCCUGGUUCCGGCGAUAAUGAGAGCAGCAGUGUUCUGGAUGCAUUUUUCUUGGGAAAGGCUUUAGCUGAAGCAGUUAAUGAGCGUAUUGAAUCUACUGUUGGGGAGUUUUUGAGUGCAAUUGGUAGGCUGCAAGCUGAGCAACAGAGGCAAAUUCAGGACUUCCAGGUAGAUGUGUUGGAAAGAGCCAAAAAAGCCAAGAAAAAUGCAGCAAAGGAAGCCUUGGAGGCACAAGGACUAGUUCCCAAUGCUACUGCAGUUGAUCCAAAAUUGGCUACUUAUGGAUUUAACUCCAAAACUUCAUCAUCAACCUCCAAAGCUGUCACUCCUGCAAAUUCACCCUCAUCUUCAAAUUCAACUGUUGUCCCUACUGCUGAGACGCGUCUAGAUCCUGCUGCUAAGGGCCCUGCUUAUGAGGUGAUAGAUGAUGACUGAAGUUGUAGCUUUAAAUUCUACAUACCCUAUAUUUUCCAUCAGAUAAAUUUAAGGCAUGGCAUCCCCUAAAGAUUUAUAGUUAAUAAAAGUCUCGGUUCAUAUGAGAGACCGAGAGAAGGAAGUUAUAUGUAUCUUCGCAAUCUCAUAUGUGAAACAGUUUGUUUUGAUCUUUA